GCCGCGCUGCGCUCCGGUGUCUCCGGCAUCCCUCGGCUGCUCGAGCCGCUUCACCCCGGGCCGCGCGGCGCCCGGCACUCUGUAGGGACAGCUGCGGCAUCGCUGGGACACACUCAGCCGGGAAGGCGCGCAAAAUUAUUUCCCUUCCCUAGCAGCCAGGUUCCGAGGGGGCAAGAUGGUGCCCAACUCUCCGCGCGCGCUCCUUUUGCUGCUGCUGCUGCUCGCCUGCCCCGCGUUGCGGGCUUCACAGAACUGUCUGAACAAGCCGCAGCUCCUCACGGCCAUCCGCCAGUUGCAGCAGCUGCUGAAGGGCCAGGAGACACGCUUUGCCGAGGGCUUCCGCAGCAUGAAGAGCCGGCUGGCCGCGCUGCACAGCUCAGUGAGCAGGGUGGCCCCAGACGCGCCCCCAGUUUCCUGCCCAGCUCUGAACGCCCCUCCGGAUGGCAGAAAGUUCGGCAGCAAGUAUUUAGUGGAUCAUGAAGUCCACUUUGCCUGCAACCCUGGGUUCCGGCUGGUGGGGCCCAGCAGCGUGGUGUGUCUUCCCAAUGGCACCUGGACUGGGGAGCAGCCCCGCUGCAAAGAUGUCAGUGACUGUUCCAGCCAGCCCUGCCACAAUGGUGGAACAUGUGUAGAAGGAAUCAACCAGUACAGAUGCAUUUGUCCCCCGGGAAGGGCAGGAAGUCGAUGUCAGCAUCAGGCCCAGACUGCAGCCCCUGAUGGUGGCAUGGCCAGCGACUCUGCUUUCAGUCGAGCGCCGCGCUGUGCACAGGUGGACCGGGCACAACACUGCAGCUGUGAGGCCGGAUUUCAUCUGAGUGGUGCUGCAGGCGGCAACAGCAUCUGCCAGGAUGUGAACGAGUGUGAGCUUUAUGGGCAAGAGGCGCGGCCCCGGCUCUGCAUGCAUGCCUGUGUGAACACCCCAGGUUCCUACCGCUGCAGCUGUCCCAGCGGAUACCGGGCACUGGCUGAUGGGAAGAGCUGCGAAGAUGUCGAUGAGUGUGUGGGCCCUCAGCCCGUGUGCCCCCGGGGGACCACGUGCAUCAACACCGGGGGCAGCUUCCAGUGCGUGAAUCCUGACUGCCCCGAGGGCAGCGGCAACGUGAGCUACGUGAAGACGUCUCCAUUCCAGUGCGAGCGUAACCCCUGUCCCAUGGACAGCAGGCCCUGCCGCCACCUGCCCAAGACCAUCUCCUUCCACUACCUCUCUCUGCCCUCCAACCUGAGGACCCCCAUCACACUCUUCCGCAUGGCUACGGCCUCGGCCCCUGGCCGCCCAGGGCCCAACAGCCUGCGAUUUGGGAUCGUGGGAGGCAACAGCCGUGGCCACUUUGUGAUGCAGCGUUCGGACCGGCAGACCGGGGAGCUGAUCCUCGUGCAGAGCCUGGAGGGGCCACAGACAUUGGAGGUGGAUGUCGACAUGUCUGAGUACCAGGACCGCUCCUUCCAGGCCAACCAUGUGUCCAAGGUCACCAUCUUUGUGUCCCCCUAUGACUUCUAAGGGACCCAGGGGGGCACCCAGACGUGGACAUCCGGGCUGAUCUCUUAUCGCUGAAGACUCUGCCAUGGGUGCUGAAUGUGAUGGCUGUCUGGCCCCUCCCGCCUGGCCCUGCCCACUUGGCUGUUCACCCUGGCUUCUAGGGUAGCUCUACCCUAGGGCGUGGUACAGGAGGGCAGCCACAGCACCCUAGCUGCCGCCAUCAUCAUGGGGUAUUUUUUUUUUUUUGUCCUGCUUUAAGGCCCUUCUUCCCUUACACUCUGCACUAAGGUUUUUAAACCUUCCUUCUUCUUUCUCCCCAACCCCCCAAGGACAGGCAGUUCUUCCGAACACUGUUUGCGUGGCCUGUGAGUUUGAACUACCAUGGGGAGAGGAAAGCCGAGAGUGUGGCUGAGCUGUCAGCCCUUCUGCGCUGUGACAGCCAAGCCUGGGUAUAAAUGAAAUGGCCUCAGCCAUGCUGAGGAUCCAGCCAUGCCCCUCACCUCCGCCAACAGAUGCGUGGUGGGGGUGGGGGAGUCUCUUAUGACCCCUUGCUGGGGUUCUCAUCUGUAUCCCCUGAUACACCUGCUGGGUUUUCUAAUUUAUGAGAAGGCUGGAAAAUUCCACCCAGAUCCCUCUAGUACCAAGGAAGGGGCAUUAAGGCAUGGAGUCUGCCCAAAGUCCUGCCCUUUUGAGAAAUUCCAUCUCAAUAGCAAACUUGGGGUUAGAACUGUAGAGGUAACAUGUGCAGCUCCAUCCUGCCCCACCUGACGUCCCCAUGCAUGUGAGAGGGCUGGAUUCCUUCCAGGUGGUGAGGAGGGUUUGGGAGGAGAGAGAGGAGGAGUUAGCUGGCUCUCUUCCUCUCUGGGAUGGACACACUGGAAUUUAUGAAGAGAGAAGCAUGCAGAAGUGAUGUUUGUGAUUGCUCCAUCUCUGGAAGUAACAGGAUGGGAAGUUGGUAAGGUGACAUUUGGCUACAAAGAACUCGAGAAAAAUUCUCCAUUUGGUAUUGAUUUGACCAUGGCUUUCCCUUCUGAUGGAAGAAGCAAGGGUUGGCAUCCUUCCGGUGACUGAAGCAGGAAGAUGCUGGUCGGGGCUGAGUGAAGCAGGGUGGAGGAGACUAUUCAAGGUUACAACACUCCAGCUAGCGGAGCUGCCAGGGCUUUUAGACCACUGAGUCCAUGCUGCUCUGUGGGUGGGCAUUCCUCACACGGAUUCUGUUCUAAGAGUUGUUGCAUUGGCCCUGGUAACAGGUGGGGCCAA